AUGGCCAAGAACAAGAACAAGAAGGGCCAAGCCGCCCAACAAUCACCUGGCGGAGAGGGUUCCAAGCCCGAGGAGACGAAGCCGGAGGGCACCACGCCCGUCGGCGAGUUCGGCAACCCGGCAGAGAAUAUCGGCGACGACAACAACAACAACAACGAGAAGAAGGCCGAGGAGAACGCGGCUGGCAGCACCGAGGAGUCCCAGCCUGAGGAGCCUCAAUCACAGGAGCAAAAGUCGCCAUUCGACCAGCCGCCCUCAUCAACAGAAGACGACAAGAAGCCCGAGGAGAGCAAGCCCGAUGAGAAGAAGGCCUCCACGGAAGAGAAGAAGCCCGAGGAGGAGCAGAAGCCCGGCAGCAAGCCCGACCAGAAGGCGCAGCAGGCGCAGGUUGACGAUGAGCCCGAGGAAGGGGCCAACGUCGACAACGACAAGAAGCCCGAGGCUAAGGGCAAGGAGCAGGAGCCCGCCAAGGUGCGUUCGCGUGAAUCAGGGUAUACUGAGCGUGAAGCUGACGCCGAGGAGCCUACGGAGCUGCAGGAUGACGAGGAGGGCGAGUAUUACGACGACGACGGUGAGGGCGAGUACUAUGACGAUGAGGAUGGUGAGGUCUACGAUGACGACUACUACUCUGGCGAUGACCAGGACGAAGAUUACGACGACGAAGACGACUACGAGGGGGAGGAGGGUGAGGGGUCCGACCAGGCGGGCAACUACACCACCACGAAACAACAACCGCGGCGCGGAUACUCGCAGAACAACGACCCGUACGGUCGCAACAACCAGAUGAUGCAACGCAACGGCGGUCGCCAACAGGGCGGCGAAGACAUGUACCGCCAGCAGCAGAUGCAGCAACAGCAGCAGCAGCAGAUGCAACAGCAACAACAACAAAUGCAAGGCGGCGGCGAUGCUGGCGGCAAGAACCCGCUGAAGUUGAGGCUCGAUCUGAACCUCGAUAUCGAGAUCACGUUGAAGGCAAAGAUCCAUGGUGAUCUUACUCUGGCUCUGCUGUAA